CACAGCCGCGACAGCUCGAAGCGCGCGCGCCGCGUUCUCUCCCGAGUUGCGCCUCGCUUCGGAGUUGCGCGUGAGGGAAGCGGAGAAGCAGAGGUGCCCGGAGAGGAGAAGAAGCGUGGUGUGUGGUAUAAGCGGAAGAAGCGACGAUUGCACGCGCGCCGGGGUAUCCUGUCCUUUCCCGAGGGCGCCACCCAAGGGCGCAAAAGGGGUCGGCGCGACGUUGUCCCUGGUGUUAACUCGGAAGAGAGACUCGCCGAGUGUGCCCCGUCGAAUAGGGAGCAGUCGUGCGUAGAGCCGUCGUCGGUACUUUCAGGAGUAAUCGUGUUAAUCUCGUGCAUCUCGCGUCGAUCGUUAUUCGGGCCGCGCCGGUGGAUGCUUCGCGAAGGAGUGCGUCGCGACUCCUUGUGGGAACUUGCGGGUGAAAGUGCCCGCGGAGCGCAAGUGCGGGGGGAGAACUUCGCUGCCGUUGUCGCAGCUGGAUCCCCUCGACGGGACACGCCAUCGUCGCCGUGCAGUUUCCAGUGAAUGUCGACCAGUGACGCCGGUUCCCAGUAAGCGGUGAACUGGUGUAACCCGACGAGCGAGACGCAGAGCCCCGCUCGUGUACGUGGACACGCCGCUCGAAUUUCGCGGUUACUCCACAACGAUCCGUCCGGAUAUAUACCUGCUUGCUCUCGCCCGCCCGGUUAGAGCGAGCGCGGCUUGUUUUUCCCGUCGGGGUGGUUUCCGGGGUGGAGGUUGCACGUAUACGUGGGGAGUGUCGCAGGUGCGGAGGAACUCGCGGGGGAGGGAAGGCAUACACCGGGGUCAGGGGGGGGGGUGAGGGAAGGUGUGUGUGUCCUCGUACUCCUGCGCAACGCCGGAGCACCACCGGGGUCCUGGUCGGGAGGAGCCGACUUCACUUGGCACACACGGGGAACGCUGUAGCAUCUGGCUGACGCGGACAGCUUGACAUCGACACUGAUGCUCUAGUAAAGGUACCUGGCGUACUAAGAGAAAGAGAGAAAGAGUGAGAGAGAGAGAGAGAGAGAGGAUAGAGAGUGGGAGAGCAGUACAAACAGAGCAGGAUGUUGCGUGCACAAGUCAUCGUCUUCCUGGCAAUUACUUCCGUCAUCUAUGCCAAGGUAGCCGUGUUGCCGCACGAUGUCUACCCCGGUUACGAGGUGACGCAAUUCCGGCGCGACGCAAGUCGCGCUUCCAAUUUCCGUCUUCUGGAGACCGGUUUCUCCAAGUACUUCACUGUGCUGGGUAACGGCCUGGUGAUGACGACGUCAGACCUGACGCCGCUGGUGGAUCGCUCCGUGAACCUGAUCGUUCUGGAGGAACUGGCCAACGGCACGCAGACCCACGACCUUCACCUCUACGUCAUCAAUCGCCGAAACAUGCUGACCUUCUCGCAUGACCGUCUGGGUGAGGGUGAAGUACCGGAGAAUUCACCGGUAGGAACAAGGAUAGACGGCUUUCCAGUUCUGCGGGCACGCGGCAGUUUUCCGGUUCACUAUAAGAUCCUGCCGGAUAAUAAUGGGGAACGUCCCUUUGCUCUGCGAGAGACUGAAUCCAAUGAUACCGGCUUCAAUCUCACCCUGAAGAACCAGAUGCAGGGCGUCAGAGUGGUCACUGCGAAACCUCUAGAUCGCGAGAUUCACGGUAUCUAUACCGUCGUGAUACACGCGUCGGAUGGUAAUUUCCUCAGCACUUCGAAGAUCAGUGGUAUCGUUCACGUGCUAGAUCAGAACGACAACAGUCCUAUCUUCGAGCGCGAGCUGUACAUUUUCGAGAUCAGACCGACGAAUUUGGACACCUUGCGCAAAGGUAACGUGGCGCAACCCGGCUGGAAAAGGUUCUCCACCGUGGGCAAAGUCACGGCCAAGGACGCCGACGGAGACAAGGUCGCGUACAAGUUGAUCACAUCUAGUAGCCUACUGAUCGUCGUACCACAGACAGGCGAAUUGUUGCUGACCGGCGAACCGGAAGUCAAUCCGGAGCAGGAUAGCGAAUGCGAGUUAAUCGUUGAAGCGCACGACCUACACACGCCGAGCCGUAGCACUGAGAAACCGGCCAAGGUUAUCGUGAGGUUCCUCACUUCAGAACCAGACGAUCCACCGGAAGUGCAUCGUAUAGAGAAGAGAAGGGUCACUAGAGCAGUGCGACCGACAAAGAAAGUCGACUUCACAGAGGCUGACGGAAAUAUCGAGGGCAAGAUCGCGUUUUAUCUAGAGAAGGAAAACGAGAAGGAGACCUAUAAGAUAAGAGAUGAGAACAAGUGGGUCACCGUGGGCGCCAAUGGUUCUGUGAUGGUCAAACAAAAAUGGGACUACGAAGAGUUGGGCCCAGAGAAGACCAUUGACUUUUGGGUUACCAUUACGAACACAGGUACAGGAUUUCAAUAUACCGACAAUCAGCGCGUCAUCAUCAACAUGAAGGAUGUGAAUGACGAGCCUCCGUAUUUCAUUAAUCGGCCACUACCGAUGCAAACGGUCGUCCAGCUGAACGCACCGCCGAACACUCACGUGUUCACCCUUCAAGCCAGGGAUCCUGACACCGACCACAACAUCCAUUACUUCAUCGUACGAGAUCGAACUGGCGGUCGCUUUGAGGUCGACGAGAGAUCAGGAGUAGUACGUACUCGAGGUACCGACCUCUUCCAGCUGGAUAUGGAGUAUGUCCUUUACGUGAAAGCUGAGGAUCAGAACGGCCGUAUCGACGAGAGGCGUUUCCAGUCGACUCCUGAGGAGAGACUAUCGAUCGUCGGUGGAAAACGCGCACCGCAGUUCUAUAUGACGGCGUACGAGGCCGAGAUACCGGAAAACCAGAAGAAAGACUCCGAUAUAAUAUCGGUGAAAGCCAAGUCAUUCGCCGAUCGAGAGAUACGCUACACGCUGAAAGCACAAGGUCAAGGAGCCGCGGGUACAUUCAACAUCGGUCCGACUUCUGGAAUUGUAAAACUUGCGAAAGAACUAGAUUUUGAGGAUCUACGGCAGCCCCACAUUUACUCUCUGAUAGUGACGGCCACGGAGGACUCUGGCGGUUUCUCAACAUCAGUCGAGCUAACAAUUCGAGUAUCGGAUGUAAAUGAUAAUGCUCCUAAAUUUGAGUUGCCGGAUUAUCAAGCUCACAACGUCGAUGAGGAUAUUCCGUUGGGCACGAAUAUACUGAAAGUUAAAGCAACUGACGCCGAUUCAGGAGCAAACGCGGAAAUAGAAUAUUUAGUAUCCGACGAUCACUUCAGUGUGGAUUCAAAUGGUAUUAUUGUCAAUAAUAAACAGCUCGAUGCAGACAACAAUAAUGCCUAUUACGAAUUCAUCGUUACUGCUAAGGAUAAAGGCGAACCAUCAAAGACCGGCACGGCGACAGUGCGGAUAUACACAAAAAAUAAAAACGAUGAAGAGCCAAAGUUCUCCCAGCAGGUUUACACGCCUAACGUCGACGAGAACGCCGGACCGAACACUCUGGUCACCACCGUGGUAGCUUCUGACAAGGACGGCGAUAACGUGAGGUUCCGAUUUGUCGGCGGGAACACCACGUCGGGACAAUUCGUAAUUGAAGAGAUCACGGGUGUGAUCCGUCUUCACGGGAAAGAGAUCUCUUUGGAUCGGGACAAAUACGAGCUAAACGUCACUGCCUUGGACGACGGCGCGUGUUGUCCAAAUGGCGAUAAAACCAUUCACACUAGCACCGCGGUCGUCGUUGUCUUUAUAACUGACGUGAACGAUAAUAAACCGGUCUUCAAGGAUUGCGGGAUGUAUUAUCCGAAGGUGGAGGAAGGUGCGCCAAAUGGUAGCACAGUUAUCAAGGUACAGGCGACUGACGAAGAUAAGGGUGUCAACGGACAAGUCAAGUAUUCGAUCGUGCAACAACCUAAUCAGAAGGGCACAAAGUUUACCGUUGACGAAGAAACUGGCCAGGUUUUGACCAAUAAGGUGUUUGACCGCGAAGGCGACGAUGGAAAAUUUGUAUCCGUCACCGUUAAGGCGACGGAUCAGGGUGAACCCUCGUUGGAAGGUGUUUGCUCAUUUACCGUCGAAAUAACGGAUGUGAACGACAACCCGCCGUUGUUUGACCGACAGAGGUAUGUGGAAAACGUGAAGCAGGACGCGAGCAUUGGAACAAACAUAUUAAGAGUGUCGGCAUCCGACGAGGAUGCUGACAACAACGGUGCAAUCGUGUACUCGCUGAGCUCACCCAACAACGAGCAGAAUCUGGAAUACUUUGAGAUCCAACCAGAAUCUGGUUGGAUCGUAUUAAAGAAACCCCUAGACCGCGAGACGUACAAGCUGGAGGCGAUGGCCAAAGACAGGGGCUACCCACCCUUGUCGCGAACGGUGGAGGUUCAGAUUGACGUUGUGGACCGUGCGAAUAAUCCGCCCGUAUGGGACCACGUAGUGUAUGGCCCGAUCUACAUUAAAGAGAACAUGGCCGUCGGGGCUAAAGUUGUGUCUAUUAAAGCCAGGUCUGUCACACUGUCAAUGCUCCGUGCGGCUCUCUGCACGAACCCGCCCUGCACGCAAUCUCGUGGCAGUAUUGUUCUUGUGCACGUUAAUUGAUAUUGUGUACGAAUCCACAUUACACGCAUUCUCAAACACACAUUCAUACACACAACACACGUGUCAUGACACUCGCAGAGGCGGCGCGCGCCACUAACUCGCUCGCUCGCUCGCUCGCAAGCAUACGCAGUAUACACUUAUGUUCGCAUAUAGGGUUGACUCGUGGAAGACACGGAUCGGAAUCGAGUGUAUAGGGGACGUACGAUCGAGGAUCGUGGAGAAUAUUGGAGGAUCAGGACGAUCCUCGGCGCAGGACGUGGACGUUAAAGCGAUG